UGUUUUGUUACUUUUCUGGAUUAAAUGUUCAAGAUCCCCAUCACCCAUUCAGCCAACCACUUUUUACUUCCAAUGUUAAGUUUCAGUACACCAGAUUUCUAACUAAUUAACUAGCUGAAGGGCUAAAAGUCUAGUAAGCUGGCUUUACUUAGAUUAAAAUAUGGAAGGAUACACAGACAAACAAAAAAGCAAGCAUUAUCUAAUCUAAAGCUAACUUGAGAGGACACUUUUAUUCAUGUGGAUGAGGCAAACAUGAGUCAUCAAACAACUGAAAGCUUUAAACCAAUUGUGCUUCCAUUCUCCUCCCUCCCCUAAUCUUUAUAAAUAUGUGCCGUUUAAAUUGUUUUGGAGCACCCACUGCAAGAAUUCCUUUGAACAUGAAAAAUCUGCAGCCCGUUGAGCAUUUUAUUGGAAUUCCCACCAGAUCAAACAGACUCUUGCUUGAUCAUGGUCGCCAUAAUCAUAUAUCUUUUCCUGUCAAUGGAUCAUUGAAGUUCAAUCAGAUAAUAAAUAAAAAGAGAAGACCGACAGAGAGAGCAAUUAAUGCAGCAAAUAACAUUCUAGAGCAUGUAAAACUAGGAUCUAAUAUCAGUGCAAUAGUAAAGGGGAAGUUGGGCUUAGGAGCCAAAAUCCUCAAAAAUGGUGGAGUGGAGAAGGUUUUCAAGCAUAAAUUUAGUGUUGAAAAUGGAGAGAAGAUCUUAAAUGCUUCUCAGUGUUAUAUCUCCACAACAGCUGGUCCCAUAGCCGGUCUUCUUUUCAUCACAACUAACAGGAUUGCAUUCUGUAGUGAAAGAUCUAUCAAACUCCAGUCCCCAAAUGGAAUGUCAGCCAGAGCCCAUUAUAAGAUAUCGAUACCACUAGGAAAGAUAAAAGGCGCAAUCGUGAGCCAAAACUCGGAGAGGCCAUCACAGAAGUACAUUGAACUUGCUACUGUGGAUAACUUUGAUUUUUGGUUCAUGGGAUUUCUCAAUUAUCAAAAUACUUACAAAUACAUUAUACAAGCUAUUUCUCUACCUCAAUACUUUGAACUUUCUACUCACUAAGAAGUAGUGAUCAGAAGAACAUUUUACUUUGACAAUCCUCUUCUUGUCCAAAGGACUAUAUUGUACAGUAACAAAUCAAUGGAAAUGAAAUUUCUCUUUAUUUUUGUAAA